AAUUAUUAAUCGGAACAGGAGUGUUUACAAUUAUUGAAAAUGGAAACGAAAGUAGCAGAGGAGCUGAAACUCAUGGAAGUUGAAAAAGCUAACACAGAUGAAGAUAUUUAUGCAGAUAUGAUUGCGAAAAUGAUUAGUAAUGUUGAGAAGCUGAAAGAAUAUUACAAUGAUGUUGUUUUGAUGAGAUUAGAUGUUAUCAAAACGAAGUUGAUAUUUUCGAAGACCAGUGAAACUUUGGGAGAAGUCGAAAUUGAAACCGGAAACGGCAAUCAAUAGUUUCAACAAUGUUGAAUGUUGUUGAGGCUCAUAAAAUAUUGAUAAUAAUAAAAUGUUUAAGUUAUAGGUAGUUUGUUUAUAUUAUGUAUUAUCUUUCAUCAACUUUCGACGUUUGUAUAUUUAUAAUUAUGGUCUAGAAUCAUUAAAAUAAUGAUAAAUAGAUGUAAAAGGUAUUGAAGAUUAUUGAUUAUUUCUUUGACCGCAACUGACCUCAACACUGCAACUCGGCAUCUCGCUCUUUUGGUCAUUAAAAAACUUGUUGAUCUACUUUCUUGAGAGGUGUUUCUAAUUUGGGGUUCCCGAUUAUUUCAUACGCGAUUUAUUCUCUCUACGGUGUAUUUCUAUUUCAUACCACGAAGAAAUAUAGGUCUAUCCUCGUCUGUCCAAAAUGAUUCGCUCUUUUUCAUUCAUGUUGAUAAUUUUAACUAUAAAUUGUGCGUAUAUUUUUGGCAAUUCAACGAAGAAGGUGAACGUUUUAUUUAUUUUAGCUGACGAUGGAGGAUUCGAAAUGGGAGCAUAUAGGAACAGAAUCUGCCAAACGCCAAACUUGGACAGACUGGCCAAAAACGGCUUGCUCUUCAAUAAGGCUUUCACAUCUGUGAGCAGUUGUUCUCCAAGUCGUGCUGCUCUACUUACUGGAAUGCCUUCACACCAGAAUGGCAUGUACGGUUUACAUCAAGGUGUACACCAUUUUGAUUCGUUUGGAGAUGUUAGAAGUCUGCCACAAAUUCUAAAAGAGCAUGGGAUACGAACAGGAAUUAUUGGGAAGAAACACGUGGGACCAGAAGCGGCGUAUCCUUUCGAUUUUUCUGAAACCGAAGAAAAUAAUUCGAUUCUUCAAGUCGGCAGAAAUAUCACUCAUAUCAAGUUAUUAACCAGACAGUUUCUGAAUAAUUCAACUGGUCAAUUCUUCCUGUACAUCGGCUUGCACGAUCCGCACCGAUGCGGCCACACCAAUCCCGAGUACGGCCAAUUUUGCCAGCAUUUUGGAAACGGAGAGCCCGGAAUGGGCCUUAUUCCCGAUUGGCACCCCAUUUACUACCAACCGGACGAGCUCCAGCUUCCCUAUUUCCUGCCGAACACGUGGCAGACCAGGCUGGACGUGGCCGCCCAGUAUACGACAAUUUCCAGGCUCGAUCAAGGUGUCGGUCUCAUUCUGCAAGAACUGAAAGCUUCCGGCCAUGAAAAUGACACCCUUGUGAUAUUCAGCAGCGACAAUGGCAUCCCUUUCCCUAAUGGAAGGACCAACAUGUACGAUACUGGGGUACAAGAACCCAUGGUGCUUUCAUCCCCAUUGCAUCCCCAAAGGAAAAACCAGGUUACUAAUUCGUUGGCCAGUUUGUUGGACGUGGUACCAACCAUAACCGAUUGGUUUGGAAUCGAUGGUACCGAAAAAAAUGAGCCUGUUUUGACGGGGAAAAGUCUGCUGCCUCUUCUUGUCAAAGAACCAGCAGAUAAAUCCAAAGAAGCAGUUUUCGGCAGUCACAACCUUCAUGAAGUUACCAUGUACUACCCCAUGCGUAUGGUGAGAACUCAAAGAUACAAAUUGAUUCACAAUAUCAAUUAUUACAGUCCAUUUCCCAUCGACCAAGAUUUGUAUCUCUCGCCCACAUUCCAAGACAUAUUGAACAACACGAUUAUGAACAAAAAUACAUAUUGGUACAAAUCCCUUCAACAGUAUUACACUCGCCCAGAAUGGGAGUUGUAUGACCUGAAGUACGACCCGGAAGAAUUGAACAACAUUGUCAAGAAAAACAGUUCCAGUUACGUUUUCAAAGAACUUCAACAAAGAUUGUCUGAUUGGCAAAAAAGAACCAACGAUCCUUGGAUUUGUUCCCCACAUGCUGUGUUUGAAGAUACAGGCAGUUUCAAAAGCAAUCCACAAUGUUUGGGGCUUGACAAUUUAUGGUGAAAAACCUAAAUAAUGCAUCAUUCCAGAAGUCUGUGAAGAAACUGUUUAUCACUAAUAAUCAUCGAUGUCGGUAACUUAUGGUCUCUACUAUAUAAAGACAAGUACUGGAAAUAAACUUUCGAUCAAGAA